GGUGUUGUUCCCCCACAUUUGCUUAAAAUCUUUUUAACUGUCACUAAGAGUCAUCGUUAGUAAUUGUUCUGUUUGGGACUGUGGUGUCACUAGUACAUAACGUUGGUAGUUAUGAAUUGACGACACUGAUGCGAUUUGUAUUCCAGAACAUCACUCCUUUAUUCAGCGCUAAUCAUAUGUUUGUCUAGCUUCAUAGCACACAUCAUUUAAUUUUAGGGCAUGGGCACAUAGACUUUAAAAGUACCAACCUGCCAUCCAGAUGCCUAUCGUGCACCGCUACAUCCUAUUGGCAGGAUUAAUUUUAAGUUGCGAUUCUGGUCGAUGCGCGAUGGCAGCGAAUGCCCAUCCCGCCCUGAUGGACCUGCAGGCAUUCAAGACCACGGAGAAAAUAAUUGUGGAGUUAUUGGGAUCUCUACUUCGAAAGGAAAGCAUAAAGGUUGCGGAAAUUAAACGUUACACGAAACAAUUAAAGAUCAAUACAAUUGCACAAGCGGCAAACAAUGAAAGCGGAAAUGACAUGGAUUGGGUGCGGACAUUUCAACGCGUCAAACUACACGGGGUGGACUUCGAUGAUGUGCUGAACUUAACGAAGACUGACGUUUUUGCAGAGCACAAACAGUUAUUGCGAAAACAGCGUUGUUUACUCUCCUUCCCCACGAAAUCGGAAAUGGAUGGUCGCAUAGACACCCUCGCAAAAUUCCAGUCAGAUGAGGAUAUUCCAGCCCGAGAUAUUGUUAAAGGUCACGUUCCCGGAAUGCGCCCUGCCAAGCUUUUUACAUCCGAAGACGCUUUCCUGAUUGGACAGAAAAUAGCCGGCAGCGGGAAUUUCACGUUAGCGGCAGACUGGCUCAAAACGGCAAGAGAAUUACGUAAUGAAGAGGAAAAUGGAAGCUGACCAAGAGUGAAACGUAACUGCAAAAUAGCGGCACGACAGACAUGCAGUGGCUGUAAAUAGCAAACUGUGAGCAUGCGAUACGAUUUUAUAGUACCGAGUGUACCUUUA